AUGCUUAUUGAUAAUAAAAAUAUAAUAAGAAAUAAAGAUGAUGAACCAAACAGGGGAAUUGGUAAAAUAUUAUUCAAAUUAUAAUAGGUGAAUGUCUAAAAAUAAAGAAUUAAUAUGAAUAAGCACUUCAAUGGUUUCAUAAAGCACUUAAAAUUAAUCCAAUAAAUAUUUAAUAUCAGAAAGAAAUAAAGAUGAUGAAUCGUUUUGAAGAAGCGCUUGAAUGGUAUCAAAAAUGA